AUGCCUCUUGCACCCCCUCUGAAUUUCCCCAAGUGGCUCAAUGAGAACGGCCACCUUCUCAAGCCUCCUGUGAACAACUACUGCGUCUAUUCCGGCAAGGACUUUACCGUCAUGGUCGUCGGCGGCCCGAACGAGCGAAAUGACUACCAUGUCAACGAGACCGAGGAAUGGUUCUACCAGCACAAGGGUGGCAUGCUCCUCCGCGUGGUCGACGGCGAGGAGUUCAGGGACAUCCGCAUCGAGGAAGGCGAGAUGUUCCUCCUCCCAGCGAACACCCCGCACAACCCCGUGCGAUUCGCGAACACCAUCGGGAUCGUCGUCGAGCGCGUCCGUCCGGAGGGCUCCAUCGACCGCCUGCGGUGGUACUGCAAGUCGGGCAAGCACGAGAAGCCGACGAUCAUCCGCGAGGACGCGUUCCACUGCACCGAUCUCGGCACGCAGCUCAAGCCCAUCAUCCAGAAUUGGAUCAAUAACGAGCUGAUCCGCAAGUGCGCCGAGUGCGGAACCGUCGCGGAGGCGAAGUGA